UAUGACGAGAAAAACCCUCUUCAACGACGGUCGAAUUUCCACGCGCAUCCCACCACGACCACCACACAUCCACGACGAGCAACGCCCUGUACACGAGCGGCAAGCUCCCAAUUGAUCCCAUCUCCACUCCGCAUAUUCGAUUGUCGAAGCAGGAAAUCACAAUGCUGCGCACCCCGGCCACCAGUCUGCUGCGCAGCUCGCUCGCGCGGGCCAGCAGCCGAUCCUCAAGCCUGACCGUCUGCCGCGCCGCCUCGACGCACGCCAUCUCCAAGCCGACCCUGGCGAACAUCGAGAAGAGGUGGGAGGGCAUGCCUCUACAGGAGCAGGCCGAUCUCUGGAUGUCUCUGCGGGAUCGCAUGAAGGAGAACUGGGCCGAGCUGACCCUCCACGAGAAGAGAGCUGCAUACUGGAUUGCCUUUGGCCCCCACGGUCCGCGAGCUCUUCCUCCCCCUGGCGAGGGCAAGAAGGUCGCCCUUUACACCGCCGUCGGCGUCGGCGUCAGCUUGGCCUUCUUCGUUGCCAUCCGGAUGUUCGCCGGCCCAGCUCCUCACACCAUGACCAAGGAAUGGCAAGAGGCUUCCAAUGAAUACCUCAAAUCCCAAAAGGCCGAUCCCUUCACCGGCGUCGCUUCCGAAGGCUACACCGGCAAGGGCAUGGUUCAGUCCCCCCCGAAAUCGGCAUAAUUUCCUCCACCCGUUUUCCCGCCAAGCCGUUUCCCUUUGUCGAUAGAGCUAUCCGCCAAACUCGUAUCACUCGCCGUGGCCAUACUGCCUAGCCUGUGUGUAAAAGCGUACUAGAGGAGGGGGGGGAAGAUUGUGAAAACAUUGGGGGUCAUUUCUUUUUGGGAAGGAGGGAGAAGGGGGAGAGAUCUGACUUUGGUUGGUGUAAAUUUGUACAACCUCGACAAUGCGACACA